AUGCAGCUCAAGCUCGCCGUCAUCGCCCUCUUCACCUCCAUGGUCUUGGCGACGCCUGGCCUUGAAAAAGAGUCUGAAAUCGAGAAGAGAUGCUUCGACAAGUGGGGUGACUGUAGCAAGCAUUCUGACUGCUGCGGCGAUCUCCAGUGCGUCUUGCACCUCACUGGAGAGUAUAAGGGCCCGUGGUGUGACAAGUUAUAA